CCAGUCCAGUCCAGUCCAGUUCAGUGGAGUGGCGCUACUGUGCUGAGGACUCGUGCACUGCACUGCACUGCACUGCGAGGGCGAGCAUGAUUGAUGCCAUGUCCUCCUUAUCCAGGACUCGUGCGCGGCUAUAGAAGGGGAAUGGGAUGCGGGGUCUCUCAAGGCACGGCGAGGCGAGGGAGCGGAGAAGCGGAGACGCAGCACGAAAGCAGCCUGCGCGCUCGGGCCUCGCCGCUUCAUGCCGGCGUGCACUACUGACGGGCUUAUAUCAUGGGCGGUGCAUGAGCUGAUUCAGAGGUCGAGGAGUGCGGUGUGAGGCGAGGUGGCGAAUGUGUACGCGGGGGCGCGCGAAAUCUGUAGCGUUUAGAAUACUUUAGUGCGGGCAUUUGAUUAGUGUGCCGUAGUGUGUGUGAUGGUCGGUCGUCGGCCUCGGCCUCGGCGUGUGCGUAGCUGGAACAGCUUGUGGAUGAUCGCUUUUAGCAGCGAGGAUUGAAGUCGGUCGUCGCAGCGAUUGAAUCGAUCGAUCGCUCGCUCGCUCGCUCAGUCGGGGAGCUCCAGGUCCGUCCUCCUGCGCUCCCGCCCUCAGCCCGAUUCGAAAUGGCGCAGUGAAAUCUCUCUUGCAUCUGCUCCAGCUGCCUGCCGUCGAGUCUUCUCGUUGCUGUGACGGAGGUGAUCGAGUUUCUGCUGCCGGACCAGAGCCCCUGACUGACGGAGUGACUGACUGGCCCCGACACGAGCUUCGAGCUUCGAGCUUCGAAGUCGUCCGUCGGCAGAGCGACCGACCGAAAGAAAGAAAAGAUUGCCAUAGACGUAGAGAUAGAUUGACAGAUAGAUCGAUAGAGCGAGAUGGCUUGUGCUGCUGCCUCAGCCGGUUGCCUUGUGCAUGCUGAUCCCUCAUUACGACGGGGUGCGGAUGGUAUUGGUGUGCAUAAGCUUAAGAGUGAGCGCGAGAAUCAACCUUCCUCCCUAGCGGCGCUGGGCCGUCACUCCCAUUGGAGUGCACCGGGAUUCGAACGCCUAAGCGCAUCGCCGUCGCUGGCUGCGUCGGGGCACAGACUGGAGCAGAUUCGUCAUUCCGGGCCCAAUCCUCAGAGCUCGCUCGUGCGCAAGAAAAUGAAUGCCCUAAGUUCAUUACUCACCAUUCCCUCUGCAUCCAUGUUCACAAAGACCCGGUGCUGCUCCUCCUUUUCUCCGCUUAAAUGUCACUACCAAUCUGCUGACAACACUGCGUCGAAAAUGUCAACGAACCAAAAACUCCAAAAGCUUCAACACAAACGCAGGAUGUUGCGUCCCAUCGACCAAAGCCGGAAUAUGACUUGUCAAGCUCAGGCAGCAUCAUCUGAUUUGGGAAUGCCCAGUACGGGUCUUGAUUUGACGAGAAGCCCUUUCAUCACAUUAUUGAAUACAGAGAGAGUCAAGGUUGCUUUGAUGGUGGCCUUCGCCAUGGCUCUCUGUAACGCCGAUCGAGUGGUGAUGUCUGUUGCAAUUAUGCCCCUCUCCACUACGUACAACUGGAGCACAAGUUUCGCCGGAAUCAUUCAGUCAUCAUUCUUGUGGGGCUACAUGGUGUCGCCAAUUCCUGGAGGCAUGUUGGCUGAUCGAUACGGAGGCAAGGUGGUCAUGGGCUGGGGAGUGAUCGUGUGGUCACUGGCCACCAUGUUCACUCCUUGGGCUGCAAGUCACUCGAUGGGAAUGCUGCUGGCCAUGCGAGCUCUCAUGGGCCUUGCAGAAGGAGUAGCAAUGCCCUGCAUGAACAACAUGGUUUGCAAAUGGUUUCCCGGAACAGAACGAGCCAGGGCGGUGGGGCUGACGAUGGCGGGCUUCCACCUGGGAAGUGUCGGAGGCUUGAUUCUGACACCCGUGCUCAUGAAGAACUACGGACUGUCGGGCCCCUUCUGGGUGUUCGGGCUCUUGGGGGUCGUGUGGUUGAGCCUUUGGGCCCCGUCCGUGUACAAGGACCCGCAAAGCAACCCUUCCAUAAGCAGCAGCGAGUACGCGCACAUUGAGCAAGGGAGUGAAGGUCUGGGCUCUUCGAGCAAAGAAGCUGGCAAGGGCGGACUGCCUCCUUUCCGUCAAAUUUUCUCUAAAAUGCCCACAUGGGCCAUUAUCGUGGCAAAUGCCAUGAACAAUUGGGGAUACUUCAUCCUUUUAUCUUGGAUGCCAGUGUACUUCAACACGGUGCUCGGUGUCAACUUGAAGGAGGCAGCGUGGUUCAGUGCCGCUCCGUGGGCGAUGAUGGGACUAGCUGGGUUCUUCGCCGGUGCUUGCUCAGAUCGCCUUAUCCAGAUGGGGGUCAGCAUCACGAAUGUUCGAAAAAUCAUGCAGUCUAUCGGAUUUGUGGGCCCGGCCGUGGCCUUGUUGUGCCUCAAUACAGUGCGAGAUCCAGCUGUAGCGUCCGCUUGGCUAACGGCCGCGCUUGGUCUCAGCGCCUUCAGCCAGGCUGGGUUCCUCGUCAACCACCAGGAAAUUGGACCUCGGUACGCCGGAUUCCUUCACGGAGUUUCCAACACCGCUGGGACUUUUGCCGCUAUCAUCAGCACGGUUGGGACGGGGUACUUCAUCGAGCGCCUCGGUUCGAUCCAAGCCUUUUUGACAGUGACAGCAGUUCUCUACGUAAUCAGCACCGUCUUCUGGAACAUGUUCGCGUCCGGGGAACGAAUUUUUCACUAAAGCUUCCCCUUCAGAUCAUUAAUAUUUUCCGCUCAUUCUUGCCAUAAGCAUCAACAUCAUCACCAUUCUAUCUGUGAACAUAGCAUAGCAUAGCAUAGCAUAGCAUAGACCGUCACACUUCCAUUGUCACAGCGAUCUCUCACAUAUGUACAUAAUCUGUCACAUCGAUAUAAAGGAUCAGCAACUCUAUUCUACGCGGUCUCGAGCUCUGGAUGGAUGGAUAUUUGAAUGUCAGUCAGUC